AUGACGACGAAUACUACCAAGUCUGCUCCAGCAGCAUCUGCGAAGGAUAAUCAGCUGACUUCCAAGACGUCUGAGACACAAGGUCAUGCCAUAUGGCUAUCAUCUGCCAAGCAUGUAGCCGAAACUACGAAAAAAGGGACUUUGUCCGGGUUUCGCAAGAUGCGAGAGGCGCUAAUGGCCAAGAAGUUUGAGAGCCAUGACAAUGUGCCCGUGGCAGUAGAUGCUGUUUCUGGUCUCUACAUCGGUUCUUACGGUGCUGCCAACAACUAUGAAGCAUUGACGGGAACAGGCAUCACGCACAUUCUAUGCGUUAGCAGGUUUCCUCACACGUUCACGUAUAUGCAGCUCAAAGUAGCUGAUCUGAGCUCAGUGAAGAUCUCCACGUUCUUUGACGAAGCCUUCAGCUUUAUCGACAGUGCAUUGUCCUCUGGUGGAAAAGUACUCGUCCAUUGCGUCAUGGGGCGCUCAAGGUCUGCUACAAUUGUCGUUGCAUACUUGAUCGCGCGUCAGGGCCUUACGCUUUCGCUGGCGCUUCGUGAAUUGCGUCGAAAUCGGCCUCAGGCACAACCAAACAGCGGCUUUUACCAAGAAUUGGUGUCAUUUGAAGCAAAGCUAAAGAAGCUUCGCGAAGAAGUGGUUGAACCGUUGUGA